ACUGCACGAGUUAAAUGAAGCUCUGGAUCUGAAACUUCACUGCUGGUUUGUUAUGAUUUUGAGAGUUUCAGGUAAUGUAAAGAAGAAUGACACUUUUAGAAGAAUGAUUUUAGAGUGCCCGAUUUGAAAAAUCAUUUGUGUAUGAUUUUCCCAAUGCGGGACACAAAUGAGUGCUUAGACAAUCCCAGGCUGCAACAUGCGACAUCGUAUCUGGAACAUAGAAGGCACACUAAGGCUGGAUCAGUACUUACGAUGGGGCCGGACAAUAGGAAUAAGUGCUCCAGGUGGUCCGGAACUAGCGAAAUGGGACAUAUUAUCGGAGCCAGACCUCUUCACCAUACACCACUCCCACCAUUUUUUUGCACUACGAUCGCGACAUUGGACUAUGCAUUGGUCCUAACUAAACUGGCGUUGCUGCUACAGCCUCGUUGACAGCAACGUCAUCUAAAACACACAUACUCAUGCUUUGCAGU